AUGGACCAACGUAAAGAAUUGGUGUUCAUCCCCGGUCCAGGGAUGGGCCACCUUGUCUCCGCCGUGGAAAUUGGCCGCUUAAUCCUCAGCCGCCACCAAAACCUCUCGAUAACAUAUCUUCUCGUUGAUAUCCAUCCGAAUGACAAAUCCCUUGAUACUUACACACGAUCACUGCCGUCAUCCGCCACUUCACGGCUGCGUUUCACCAAGCUCCACCGUGCACAACCCGAGUUAGGCCCAGAACUCGAAUCAAAACCCCCAGCCAUUUUGGCCACUCUGAUUUUUGACAGUCAUAAGCCAUAUGUGAGAGAAGCGGUUCUUGAAAUCAUUAAAUCCGAGUCGUCCCAGGUUGUCGGAAUUAUAGUCGACAUGUUCUGUGUAAACCUGAUGGAUGUCGCCGAUGAGUUCAAGAUUCCGAGUUACGUGUUCUUUACCUCCGGCGCUGGCUUUCUUGCCCUCAUGUUACAGGCCCAGGUUAUUACCGAUGAGUUCAAGCAGGACAUAACUGAGUUUGACAUGGACAAAGAAUUGUUGAUUCCAGGUUUUCUAAAUCCAGUUCCGGCUAAGGUUUUGCCUACUGUAAUGUUGGAAAAAAAUGGCGGGCUGGAUUUAGUCGUGUCGACUGCUCGGAGAAUCCGAGGUUCUCGUGGAAUCAUGAUUAAUACAUUCCUCGAACUCGAGACAAAUGCUAUCAAAUCUCUGUCCUCUGAUGAUAAAAUCCCACCUGUUUUUCCUGUCGGGCCUGUAAUCAGUCUUAAGCAGAAUUUAGGUGAUGACGGGGGCAUUUUAAGGUGGUUGGACAAUCAGCCGGCUUCUUCGGUUGUGUUUUUGUGCUUUGGAAGCUUGGGGAGUUUCAAUCGGGAACAAGUCAAGGAAAUAGCUGUAGCAAUAGAGCGAACUGGCUACAGAUUCUUAUGGUCCUUACGGAGGCGGCCGAAGGAUGGUAGUGUAGAAACUCCAUCUGAUUAUGAAAAUCUGGAGGAAGUUCUGCCCCAAGGAUUCUUGGAAAGGACUUCAGCUGUGGGAAAUGUGAUCGGGUGGGCACCCCAACUGGCCGUGCUGUCGCACCCAGCUGUUGGUGGGUUCGUGUCCCACUGUGGCUGGAAUUCUACAUUAGAGAGCCUAUGGUUCGGGGUGCCGAUGGCUGCAUGGCCGAUGUACGCCGAGCAACGGAUCAAUGCCUUCGAAAUGGUGGUAGAAUUGGGCAUGGCAGUCGAUAUAAAAAUGGAUUACAGGAAUGAGGUUAACAUGGACAGCAAAGUCAUUGUGACUUGUGAAGAAAUCGAGCGAGGAAUUAGGCAGCUUAUGAAUGUGAACGAGAAUGAAGUUAGAAAGAAAGUGAAGGACAUGAAAGAAAAGAGUCAUAAAGCUUUGAUGGAAGGUGGAUCAUCCUACGACUUCUUGGGACGUAUGAUCGAUGGCAUCAUGCAUGACUCGUGCUCCUCUUUAUAA